AUGGCGUCAUUAUUCUUUCAGUUGAUAUCAUUGGAUGAUAAUGCAACUACAUAUGAUAAUCAAAGUUAUAUUACUACUAUUAGUGAUAUUAUAACAGAAGAAUAUUCUAUUAAUAAUAUUGUUUCUACAUCAUUAAAUAAUGGUUCUAGCACUUCAAAUAAUAUUGCAUUGGCCAGACCAAAUUAUGUGAAUGAGUCUUUGAUUACUAGACUUGUAUGUCCUAUCAUUAUUAUUAUUUUUGUAAUUGCAAUAAUUGGUCUUGCUUUUCUUCGUCAUCAUCAACAUUUACAAACACAACAAAAGAAAGAAAAAGAAUACUUACAGAAUGAGAAAUUAUGUGCUCAUCCAUUUGAAGAAGUUCUCAUUGUUGCCGAUGAACCUCAAUCUAUUGAAUUAAUGCAAACAAGACCAACAGAAACUACAAAUUGA